CAAGCAUGCUUUAGCAGGUCAUGAUAUGUUCACUGUUAGACCAUUUUAGUUGGCAUUCAACAGCUGGGACACCAUACUGUCGCUACUCUUCGCUUCAAUGGGCAAGUACCUUCAACGGCAAUUUUGGUGUCACUUGGUGGAGUUAAUCAAUAGUAUUACCGGACCGAAUAUUAUGCGAUUUGAAACACAGGGGAAUAGCGAGUUGAGUUACAGGCCGAAUUUGUUUAUUAGGCAGGCAUCAAGCCAAUAUUGCCGUUCACGCUACCUACGGUGACUGGCUAUGUAAUAGUGGUGAUAACAUGCUGUAUAACUUUUCAAAUACUAUUAUUUGUUCACUAGUACUGAAUCAGUAUGUCUACAUAAUAAACGAUUUCAGAAUAAUAACAUAUAUUUGGCGGUAAAGGGUUAAAUUCUUUAUUAACGCACUGAACGCCAACGAAUUUCCUUGUACAAUUUUAAAAAAC